AUGUCUUCACCCGCUACUCAAUUCGUCUACGUCCCCAACCUGGUUGGCGGCCAAAUGCUCAGGAUCCCCAUCGAGGACAUCGAAGCCGAGGGCCAGAUCUCCAUCUCACAACAGCCCAUUGCCAGCCCAACGCUCUCGUCAAGAUACGUUCGUGAAUCAUCCCCUUCACCGAGCGUCGAGAGCGUCGACGACACCGACGAAGCAGUAGGUGUUGUAGCCUACGAUGACUCUCCAGAGGUACCUAGCCAAGCUCCGCUACAGACCGACAACACUUUCCUGUACGUCCAGCUGAAGGGAUUACUAUUCCAGUCAUCUUUCCAAUAG